AUGAAUUUGUUUCAGCAAUUCAGUAUAAUUAUUUUUCUUCAAACACUACGUUAAUUGUCGAUAAAUUACAUAAAACUUCAAAUUUUCGUUAUUAUGUAAAAUCAAAAGUUACUGUAUUAAAUGAUCUAGUUAAUUAUUUUUAAACAGAGGAGGAGGUUGAGAUAUCGCAAGCCGUGCAUGACAUUUGUCUUGUAGUCGUCAUCAUCCAAAAAUACCGAACGAUUGCUCGAGUAAAGAUCUUCUGCCGUGUGAUAGCAAAAGUGAAGCUUUUUAAUUUCAUUUAAUUUCACACGACACAUCACCGGAAUGGAUAAAGCAAAAUCAUUGAGUGAUACUUGUGAAUUACCACCUCUUCGCAGUUUGAACGAUUUUCUUUUGGAAUCGUCACGUUUUCAAUUACCUAAUUUUAGAGAUUUAGAAAAAUGGGGUAAUAGAGUAGUAAAUAAUCUUGUGUAUUAUCAAACCAAUUAUGUGUAUAUGACCAUUGCUAUUAUACUGAUUGUAGCAUCGGUAAAUCCAAUGAAAAUGAUUAUUGGAUUAUCAGCAAUGACGGCAAUCUGGGGUGCAUGUAUUUAUUUAUUUAGCGAACGAGAAUCUUUAUUAAAACUCAAAAGAUCCUAUCCACAAAUUGGAAUUAUUCUUACUGUUAUUUGUGCAGGUUUUGUUGUAUACACUAUAAAUUCAGUUGUGUUCUUGUUAUUUAGUAUUCUUUUAUCAGUUUGUGUAACUUUUGUACAUGCAUCAUUGAGAUUAAGGAGUUUGAAAAAUAAGGUUGUCAACAAGUUAGAAGGAAUGGGAUUAGAACGUACACCAAUGGGAGCUGUUUUAAAUUAUUUUGAAGACGCGACCGGUAUAGCCUUUCGUAAGCAGACAACUACCGUCCAAUCGCUUCACUAGUAAUUUGCUUUAUGCAAAAAUUUAUAACAACGACUGGUAAUGAACAUACAUAUAAUUUUACUUAUAAAUUGAUAUCAAAAUUUAUUUGGAAUCAUAUAAUUUUGUAUACGUUUAUCUGUUUCACUAAAGAAAUAAAAGUUUUAUAAGGAAGGAAGAAAAACAAUUCUCGAUGAUAAUUUCAGCUAAAAGAUUUUUAUUUACCAUGUCAUUUGAAACUUUUAAUGUCAAAAACUAAGGAAAACAUAAUGAAAUAAAUAACCGAAUGUUAAACAAUAGGAAGUACAGCUUAAACACAGACUUACUGUACAUGAGAAUAUAACAGCAUUUUUUCAUCAUUAUUUUGUCUAAAUACGGCAUUAAUUUGUUUCUUCAAAAUUAAAAAAAAAAAAACUGUUAUAAUAAUCAUAUUAAAUAAC